AAUAAUAAUAAUAAUAAUUUAAUGGAUCAAACAAUGAUGAUCACAUCACCAAUAAUGAAUGGUGAUGAAUUAGAAUUAAUGGAUUUAUUGGAAAAACGUAAUCGUAUCAAUUCAUUUAUGCCAAUGCGUGGACGUAAAUCAAUAAUGGAUAAUCAAUUAAUUGGUAAUAUACAACAACAACAACAACAACAUCAUCAUUUUGUACCACCAAUAGCAAGAUCAAAUUAUUAUGGCCGUUUUAUGACCGGUAUUGGCAAUGUACAAUCAUCACAGCCAUCAGCAACACGAUUUUUGAGAUCCGGUGUAAUUGGUACUAGUGGUGUCAAUGGUGGUGGCGGUGGGGGUGGUGAUGGUGGAAUAAGCAAUCUAUACCAUCAAACGGAUCAAAAACGUGGCAAAGGUGUAGCAUUCUUUGGUUCACGUGGAUAAUAAAUUACACAAUGGAAAAGGAAUUUGAUUCGAUUCGAUUCAAUCAAUAAUCAUCAUCAUCAUCAUUCAUGAUUUAUUCAAAGAAGAAACAAA